AUGAACUUGUCUAAAAAUACUGAGAAGAUCUCAGAAAUGGGAUAUGCGAAGGUACCGAAUGCUCCUCCUGCUUUAAGUAGUGAUACAAACUCUGCUAAUAAUUCAAGGCAAGACUUUAUGAAGAAUGAAAAUACUCAGAGUAAAACUAAUCAUAACAGAGCAGAUACUACAUUGUCUAUAAUGACUGUCACUGGCCAUCAGAAAAGCUUUGGAAGAGAGUCAAUUUCAGGCCAAAGGAAUAAUAAGAUCAGGGACAUUCAUGAUAGGAAUAGAUCGCUUGCAGAUUCAAAGAUGAAAGAGAGGCUAAAAAGGAGAAAAUUUAAUAAAACUUUGAUUAAAACUAACCAGAGCUCAAAUAUGAUGACUCAUCAAUACCUCUCUGGUCCUUCGAUUCCAUGAAAGACUCAGAAGAUACUGAAAUAAAUCUCCUCAUGCUGAAAAAGUUAAUAAAUUUCUCCAAAGCAAUAUGAAAUUGAAAACCCACAAGAGAGGACUAAGUUUUCAAAAUGAGUUGGAAAACUCCUUCAAUAAGCAAGAUUUAAUAGAUUUAUCUAAAUAAACCGAGACCCUCCAGCCUAUUAAGAGAGAAGAGGAAAGGUUUCUCUACUUCUUCACAUAGAUUUGAUAAGAAAAUUGAAUUCGAAAGGUUCUAUGACACUACUCCUGGGCCAGGAUCAUAUAACUUGAUACAAGAUCUAACUGAUAAAGCAAAUGAAUUAAUGCUUGAUUCAGAAAUGUCACCUGAUCUUCAAUGAGAUUCAAAAUUUAGAGGAAAAUUAUCUAGUAUCAUGAAUAAUUCGGCAAUACUUCACUCGAACAGAAAAUUUGGCUCAAAUAAUAAGGGCACCUUUGGAUUUAGUGAGAGAGUCUUGUUCAGGAAUCAACAUUCUCCAGGUCCAGGUCCAGGUCCGGGUCAGUACAAUAGCGUUGAAUUUGAGAACAAGUUGAGAAAAAGAAUAAUAUCUCACAAAAUUAAAGAGAAAAAGCCAGCAUUGAAACUACCUUUUCCAUUGAGCAACCCAUUAAACUAUGUGAAUUCAUACACUGUCAAUGUUUACUAUAAACCUGGAUUCCCUGGUGUAGGUUGAUACGAUGUAGAUAAAGGAGAAAAACAUGUAAAAGGAUCAGUUAAAUUUGAUCUUAAAACCAGAAGGAAAGAUUUAUUCAAUUCUAAUCAGAAUUCUCAAGUUCCAAUCCAAUAUAACUCAGAAGGAACUUUUAAUAAUAAGUCUAUUGGGAACAAUAAUUCCCCUGGGUUAUGUCAACCUACCUCAAGAAAACUUGUUCAUUUAAGCAUGUUUGGGGACGGAAGUAAAAUUCCAGGAAGUAAAGCAAAUGUACAUUAUUCGAGAAACGAUAAGAAUGAGAAUAUUACUCCUAAACCUAAAAAUUUAGGCCUGAUUGAAGGACCUGCCCACUCGCAUCAUAAAAGAUAUCUAUCCCAUGAUAAUGGAAUGGGAGAUUUAAGUAGGGAUAGAUUUGGUGCUCCAGUCGAACCCAAGUCUACACAGUUUAGAACACCUGGUCCUGGAUCAUAUGAAAAUGAUUAUGUCCAGUUCACUAAAAAGAAUGAUCAUAAAUUAGGAGUAGUAGGAUUAUCUGAUAGGAAUUAUACAUUUGGAUUUGAUAAUUUUCAAGCAAAUCCAGGUCCGGCAUACUAUGAUCCUCAAGUUAUUGACAAAAAGAUAUCCUUUCAUUAUGACCGAGUUGAUUAAUUACAGCUAGAUAUUAAAACACCAA